AUUUCCCGCUGUCAGGAUGAGGAGGCGGAGGUCGGCGCUCCGGUCCGUCUCUGCCCGAGGCUGUGGCGGCGCCGGCGGCUCGAGCCUUAGCGGUUCCUCCCUGGGCGGCGGCGGCCGCGGCUCGGUCGACGCCUCCUCCGCCAGCUGAGCCCGCGGCAUCCCGGGACGCCGCUUCCCCGCCCAUCCCCGUUCCCCGAGGCCGCCCACUGGCCAUGGCGCAGCCGGGCCCGGCUCCUCAGCCUGACGUUUCUCUUCAGCAACGGGUAGCAGAAUUGGAAAAAAUUAAUGCAGAAUUUUUACGUGCACAGCAGCAGCUUGAGCAAGAAUUUAAUCAAAAGAGAGCAAAAUUUAAGGAGCUCUAUUUGGCUAAAGAGGAGGAUCUGAAGAGGCAAAAUGCAGUAUUGCAAGCUGCACAGGAUGAUUUGGGUCACCUUCGGACACAGCUGUGGGAGGCUCAGGCAGAGAUGGAGAACAUUAAGGCAAUUGCCACAGUCUCUGAGAAUACUAAGCAAGAAGCUAUAGAUGAAGUUAAAAGGCAAUGGAGAGAAGAAGUUGCUUCACUUCAGGCUAUAAUGAAAGAGACAGUCCGUGACUAUGAGCAUCAGUUUCACCUGAGGCUGGAGCAGGAGCGAGCACAGUGGGCACAGUAUCGAGAAUCUGCAGAGCGGGAAAUAGCUGACUUAAGAAGAAGGUUGUCUGAAGGUCAAGAGGAAGAAAAUUUAGAAAAUGAAAUGAAAAAGGCCCAAGAGGAUGCUGAAAAGCUUCGUUCUGUCGUGAUGCCCAUGGAGAAGGAAAUUGCAGCUCUGAAAGAUAAACUGACAGAAGCUGAAGACAAGAUUAAAGAGCUGGAGGCCUCAAAGGUUAAGGAGCUGAAUCAUUAUCUGGAGGCUGAGAAGUCUUGCAGGACUGACCUGGAGAUGUAUGUAGCUGUUUUGAACACUCAGAAAUCUGUUCUACAGGAAGAUGCUGAGAAAUUGAGGAAAGAACUGCAUGAAGUUUGCCAUCUCUUGGAGCAAGAACGACAACAACACAAUCAGUUAAAGCAUACAUGGCAGAAGGCCAACGACCAGUUUCUGGAAUCUCAGCGUUUGCUGAUGAGAGACAUGCAGAGAAUGGAGAUUGUGUUAACUUCAGAACAGCUCCGACAAGUUGAAGAACUAAAGAAGAAAGAUCAGGAGGAGGAUGAACAACAAAGGAUCAAUAAGAGAAAAGAUAACAAGAAAACAGAUACUGAAGAAGAAGUAAAAAUACCAGUAGUGUGUGCUUUAACUCAAGAAGAAUCUUCAACCCCAUUAUCAAAUGAAGAGGAGCAUUUAGACAGCACCCAUGGGUCAGUCCAUUCCUUGGAUGCAGACUUGUUGUUACCAUCUGGAGAUCCAUUUAGUAAAUCGGACAAUGACAUGUUUAAAGAUGGACUCCGGAGAGCUCAGUCUACAGACAGCUUGGGAACCUCAAGCUCAUUGCAAUCCAAAGCUUUAGGCUAUAACUACAAAGCGAAAUCUGCUGGAAAUUUGGAUGAGUCGGAUUUUGGACCACUGGUUGGAGCAGAUUCUAUGUCUGAGAACUUUGAUACUGUGUCCCUUGGGUCACUGCAGAUGCCAAGUGGAUUUAUGUUAACCAAAGAUCAAGAAAGAGCAAUUAAGGCAAUGACACCUGAGCAGGAGGAGACAGCGUCCCUCCUCUCCAGUGUCACCCAGGGUCUGGAGAGUGCAUAUGUAUCUCCCAGUGGUUACCGCUUAGUGAGUGAGACGGAAUGGAAUCUCCUGCAGAAAGAGGUACAUAAUGCUGGAAAUAAGCUUGGUAGACGUUGUGAUAUGUGUUCCAAUUAUGAAAAACAGUUACAAGGAAUUCAGAUUCAGGAAGCUGAAACAAGAGACCAGGUGAAAAAACUGCAGUUAAUGCUCAGGCAAGCUAAUGACCAGCUCGAGAAGACGAUGAAAGAGAAAGAGGAGCUGGAGGACUUCCUCAAGCAGAGUGCGGAGGACUCAAGCCACCAGAUAUCUGCACUUGUUUUAAGAGCCCAAGCCUCCGAGGUCUUACUUGAAGAGUUACAGCAGAGCUUUUCCCAAGCCAAGAGGGACGUUCAGGAGCAGAUGGUGGUGCUGAUGCAGUCACGUGAACAGGUUUCAGAAGAGCUGGUGAGGUUACAGAAAGACAAUGACAGCCUCCAGGGAAAGCAUAGCUUGCAUGUGUCAUUACAGCUAGCAGAAGACUUCAUUCUUCCAGACACUGUGGAGGUGCUCCGGGAACUGGUUUUAAAAUAUCGUGAGAACAUUGUUAACGUGCGGACAGCAGCAGACCACAUGGAAGAGAAGCUGAAGGCUGAAAUACUUUUCCUAAAAGAGCAAAUUCAAGCAGAACAGUGUUUAAAAGAAAACCUGGAAGAGACACUACAGCUGGAAAUAGAAAACUGCAAGGAAGAAAUAGCUUCCAUUUCUAGUCUAAAAGCUGAAUUAGAAAGAAUAAAGGUUGAAAAGGGACAGUUGGAAUCUACAUUAAGAGAGAAGUCGCAACAACUUGAGAGUCUCCAAGAAAUAAAAGUUAAUUUAGAGGAACAGUUAAAGAAAGAAACUGCUGCUAAGGCUACUGUUGAACAGCUCAUGUUCGAAGAGAAGAACAAAGCUCAGAGGUUGCAGACAGAAUUAGAUGUCAGUGAACAAGUACAGAGAGAUUUUGUAAAACUUUCUCAGACUCUUCAGGUGCAGUUGGAGAGGAUCCGGCAAGCAGACUCCUUGGAGAGGAUCCGAGCUAUUCUGAAUGAUACCAAACUGACAGACAUUAACCAGCUCCCUGAGACAUGACACCCUGAUAGCAGGAUUCUAACCUGCAUUUUGGGUUUUUAACUCAUCUUUAGAAUAACAUUAAUUAUUAUUUAACUCUUAACGGAAGAAGUCACAGCAAAGGAAGACCGAAGAAAUGCAAUUCUGGAGGGAGAAGGCUGCUGUGUGCAGGGACAGCCAACACGUUUCAAAGGGAACACUAAUGAGACACUGGACUCGAUUCCAACAGGUGUGGGAUCAGAUGAGGUGCCAGAAAAGUUGCUGUUUCCUGCCUGCUUUCUCCAGCAUGGAUUCUGGAACAUAUUUCCUGACAUGAAAGCAACUUCCCAAUAGUGUUUGGAAUUACGUUUUCUGUUCAUACAAACUGGGAGAGAGGAUUUUUUUUUUUUUCCAAGUUGUCUAGGGCUUCAUCAGUAGCAGUGUUCAGCUAGCAGAGAGGUGUAGUGUGCUAUAUGAGUAUUUUAUAUUAAAAUAUGAAGUGUGAGAGCAGGCCAUUGGCUAUUGAUUGUACUUCUCUUGCUCAGUGCAUUUUGUUUCCUUUUUACCAUUUUAUCUUCUAUUGGAAGACCUUAAAUGCUACUGAAACUUACCUGAGAACUAUAGGACCAUGGCAAACAAAAGCAAUUAAACAAAAUUAGAAUCUGAAUAUCUGGCUGAGGCCAUAUAUAUAUUGGAAGUUGAAUUUAUGGAAAAAAGCACAAACAACCUUGGAAGCACUUUGUCUGCACACCAUGAUGAACUUCCUGGGCCCAAAGGUACCAGGGCAAAUAACUGGUACCAUCUACCCUUUCAAAGUGUUUUAGUUACUGGAUCAGUGGUAAAAACAACAUUAAUAAAACAAGCUAUCCCUGACAUCUAGUACACAUGUAUAAAUCUGCUUAUUUCCAGCCUGCCUCAGAGGCACACUAUUUAUUUUUUACAGUGUCACAUUUAGAAUGGUGAUGGUUUACAGAUCUUUGUAUUUUUGUUUUACAGUUUAGACCUAAAGUGUAAGCAACUGUGCUAACAGUGAAGCUAGGAAACUUGUAUAGAAUCUGCUUCACCCUUUUCCAAGAGUUGAGAUUCCAUUGCUGUUUGGAGAAGCAGCCAGUGGAAUAGGCUGUUGAGCACAGACAGCUUUAUGAAGCAGUGCAGAAACCAGAAGUGAGCUCAUGUACUAGCUGCAGGCUACCCCGAGAGCAGCCAGUGGCCACCUAACCAUGCUAUUUAACUUGUGCAGUUUCAAAGUAAAAAUGUUUUCAAGUAAUUUUUGUGAGUGGUGUUGGCUUACAGCUGGUACCCAAAGGAACAUUAUGGGAACGAAUUAACUAGACUUUUCUGGUUUAAGUACCAUCAAUUCAUAGCAUAAAUGGACUUUGUUAGUAAUGAAUCAUCAUAAAUUUGCCCUCAAGAUGUUUGCUACUUUCUUCUUUUAAUAAAACAGAUAAGGCCUACUUAUCCCAUACCAUAGGUUACUUUAUAAUCAUGUUCAUGAUUAUGAAUUAAAAGUAAAUAUGAAUUAUGGAAACAGUGCUAAAAGCUUGCCAAUGCAUGGAAAAAUUAAUUGGCUUAAAGUCCCCUGUGUAGUGCUACUUGGUUUAAAAGGAGCAUAAUAACCUCAUUGAGUUAAAAGGAUUUUUAUUAUUAUGUGAUUAAAUUAGAUUUAAGACUAGUCUCUGGGCCCCAAGCUAAUUUGUUUGGAUCACCAUUGGCUUCAGUGAAUGGAUAAUUCAUAAUCAUACUGAACUGUGUCACUCCCAGUGAACUGUUCUGCUGAAACCAAAUAUCUUACAGAUCUUUUCUCCUGAAAUUGGGGAUUGGGCAGUAAAAGCGUCAUGAUUAGGGUACUGUUUAGAGUCUGUAACUGGUGGCAAAUGUAAACUGCUGGGAUCCACUCAAUUGAGAAACCUCCUAGAGGAAGAGAAACUGAAAUGCUAGGUUGGAUGGAAUAAAUUAAUGCUCCACCACCAGGUAAGGAACAGUUCUUUAAAGUUAAGUUUUCUGCAUAGAGAAGAUUUGGUGUAGGAGGUGACUUCACCGUGAGAGGAAAGGUUGGUCUAGUUUCACACACCUUCCUGUACUGCAUUCAGUCUGUGUAGACCUGUUCUCUUGCAUGUCUGACCUGGCUUAACUCUAAACUGUAACAUACCUUAUUCUGUGGCUUUUAAUUGGCAGUCACUUGGUCAUUUCUAGGCAGGUACCAUAUUUACCUUUCAGAACUUAAAUUGGCAGAUAUGAAAAGAUGACCUAAAGCCAAGGACAAACUGUAAGCAACAGACCACAAUUCCUUUUCUUUAAGGUGCUAGAAUUUGCACCUCCUACCCACCAAGUAGCCACAGACAUAGCCAAACUCAGCUCUGGAAGGUAUUGGUGCCUGUGAGGAAAUGAGCCAGCAGAGGACACUGCAGCGCUGCUCUGAGCAGACUGUAGGUGUAUCUGUGUUGACUGUACUGAAGGCAUGCCCUUAAGAAAGUGUUCAAAUUAAAAGAGCUGCUGCUGAGUAGUGUGUGUGGCCUUUUCCUUUGCAUCCCAGGGUUCUGGUUCCCUUCAGGGGCACAGUUUUGGUACUGCUGCUUAAGAUGAAGAUGGACCUGGCAGUGUACAGCAGGAGCCUGUGUCCCAGAAUUAAAACAAACCAACCAAACAACCCAUAGA